CCAAUCUCUAUGUUUUAUGAGUACUAAAAAUACUCUACAAACUAAAUAUUUAUUUAUAUUGUCUUAAUAUGUGUCUCUUCAUAAAAGUCUUCACCAUUACCUGUGUAUUUGUGAAUUCCAACACUCUCUGUAUAUUUAUAUAUCAAGUACAUAACAUCAUAUUUUAUUCAUGCUCUUCAAAUUCAUUUGAUUACUUGUUCAAUAAAUUUAUUGAUUUGCCUCUAUGUAUGGCAGAGAAAAGCCAUUCUUACAACUAAGGCAAUGAUUGAAAAUGCCAUUAAAGAAGUAUGCACAGAUCUUCAACCUCAAUCGAUGGUAGUUACUGACCUGGGCUGCUCUUAUGGUGCAAACACACAUCUUCUGAUCUCAGAAGUAAUCAUGGCAAUAAGCAAUAAAAACGCUAUGAACAAUAGCACCAUGGAGGUCCAGAUAUUUCUCAAUGACCUACCAAGCAAUGAUUUCAACCACAUCUUCCAGUCAUUGGAGCAGUGCAAGCAGUCCAUAGCCCAAGAAUGCGCGAGCAGAGGUUUACAGCCACCUCAAUACUACGUCGCUGGUGUACCGGGCACCUUCUACAACAGACCACUCCUCCCUUACAAGAGUGUCCAUCUAUUCCAUUCAUCAUUCAGCCUUAUGUUGCUCUCUAAGGUCCCUGAGCAUCUUGAUAGCUGCAUGAAUGAAGGCGAGAUUCACAUAGGGACGAGUUUGCCACUUUUCGUGAGAAAACUCUACUUGGACCAGUUUGAGAAGGAUUUCUCAUGGUUCCUUCAGCUGCGGUUCAGAGAGCUUGUUUCCAGUGGCCAGAUGGUGCUAACGAUUCUUGGGAGGAAGAGCGAUGACACGGUAAAUAAAAACGGUCUCCUAAUGGGGUUGCUGUCACAGGCUCUACGGAACCUUGUAAAAAAGGGUCGUGUGGAGAAGGAUAAGCUGGAUUCCUUCAACCUACCAAUGUAUCGUCCUUCGACAGAUGAGCUGAAGCACUUGGUGCAACAGAGCGAGUUGUUUGAUAUCGUGGACAUGCAGAUCAGGGGCAGAUUCCACUGCCUGGUGACCCUGGGCAGCGGCCUGGUCUCUUUGGGAAGACACCAAUAGAAUUUGGAUGCCUUUUGAUUAAUUGGAAGCAAAAUUUUCAUAGCAUACACUUGAUGCAAUAAAAUUAUUGAUUUGCCAUUGA